AAAAAAAAGAUAUUGCUCUUUAUAUCUAGUUUCUCCCUUCUGGCCCUACCUCUAAGGUCUUAUGUACAAAGACCAAAACCCUUGCGCAUCACAGCAGAGAGAACAGCUGAACUGAGCAGAGCGAGAUCUGUUUGUGCCGGCAAUGGCAUCCACCUACUAUCAAUAUGUCAUAUUGAUUUUUCUCUAUGUUGCAUCCACUGCCACUGCUGAUUCAAUUCAAGGAUGUGGCGGAUUUGUUGAGGCGAGUUCGGAACUGAUCAAGUCAAGGAAGUCAAGCGAUCCGAAAUUAGAUUAUUCUAAUAUCAUUGUUGAGCUUCGCACAUUGGAUGGCUUGGUGAAGGAAAGAACACAUUGUGCACCUAAUGGCUAUUACUUCAUUCCAGUGUAUGAUAAGGGUUCUUUCUUGAUCAAAGUCAAUGGACCGGAGGGAUGGUCGUGGGAUCCUGAACAAGUACCAAUUGCAAUUGAUCAUACUGGUUGCAACGGCAAUGAAGAUAUAAAUUUUCGGUUCACGGGGUUUACUGUAUCUGGACGAAUUGUAGGAAAUGUCGGUGGGGAAAGUUGCUCUCUGAAAGAUGGAGGCCCAUCAAACGUGAAGGUUGAGCUUUUAUCUCCCGCAGGUGAUGUUGUGUCUUCUGCGUUAUCAACACCCAGAGGAAUAUACUCCUUCACGAACAUUAUUCCCGGGAAGUACAGAUUACAUGCAUCUCGUCACGACUUGAAUGUUCAAGUUAGAGGAUCUGCCGAGAUUGAGUUGGGUUUCGAAAAUAGGAUAGUGGAAGACUUCUUUUUUGUCCCUGGUUAUGAUAUUCGUGGAUCUGUGGUUGCUCAGGGAAAUCCCAUAUUGGGAGUUCAUAUCUAUUUAUACUCGGAUGAUGUCACAAAUGUUGAUUGCCCCAAGGGCUCUAAAUAUUCAUCUGGUGAUCUAGGACUGAAAGAAGCACUUUGCCACAGUGUGACAGAUGCUAAUGGAAUCUUCUCAUUAAAAUUUCUUCCUUGUGGUAAAACUCUUCAUUUCUGCUGAUGUAAUUCUUUGACUU